AUUGUCAUGGGGGUGGAGCUUGGUGGAACACAGUAGCAAGUCGUGUUCCUGUGUCGGCGUGGGGGCGUGGUUUUCUUGUACGCACCCGGUAAUUCCGUGCCGGUAUUGUGUGUAUUGCUGGGCGAGAGAGGAGCAUCAGAGGGGACCGAGGAGAGACCGCACCGGAGGAAAGAGGAGGAGAAGAGAUCGGUGUGGAGGUGACAAGGGGGACUUCAGGUGUUAUCGUGUUUUUUGUCUCUCCUUUCUAACUUUGAGGCUUUCAUCCUGACCAAGAAGCAUCAUGAGCGUUGGAUUUAUCGGCGCGGGCCAGCUCACAUAUGCCCUUGUGCGGGGCUUCACCGCUGCAGGGGUGCUGGCAGCACACAAAAUCACAGCGAGUUCCCCCGAAACUGAUCUGCCCACUGUAUCUGGACUAAGGAAACUGGGUAUAAAUUUCACCAACAGUAACAAGGAGACUGUGAAGAACAGUGAUGUCCUUUUCCUGGCUGUAAAACCUCCGAUCAUUCCCUUUGUGCUGGAUGAGAUUGGCUCCGACAUUGAGGACCGUCAUAUGGUGGUGUCCUGCGCUGCCGGUGUCACUAUCGGCUCUAUAGAGAAGAAACUGAACAUGUUUCACCCAGCUCCCAGAGUCAUCCGCUGCAUGACCAACACCCCUGUAAUCGUACGUGAAGGGGCCACGGUAUACGCUGCAGGGACCCACGCAGGGGUGGAAGACAUAAAGCUUCUGGAGCAGCUGAUGCAGAGUGUGGGGUUUUGCACAGAGGUGGAGGAAGAUCUCAUUGAUGCCGUGACCGGAUUGAGUGGAAGUGGACCUGCCUACGCAUUCACAGCUCUGGAUGCUCUGGCGGAUGGAGGCGUGAAGAUGGGUCUGCCCAGAAGGCUUGCAGUUCGUCUCGGUGCUCAGGCCAUGCUGGGGGCUGCAAAAAUGCUUCUUGAAUCGGAACAGCAUCCCGGGCAGUUGAAGGAUAACGUUUGCUCACCAGGGGGCGCUACCAUUCACGCUCUGCACUUCUUGGAAAGCGGAGGAUUCCGGUCCCUUCUUAUCAAUGCUGUGGAAGCAUCCUGCAUCAGGACCAGAGAGCUCCAGUAUUACGCAGACCAGGAGAAGAUCCCAGCAGCCGCCAUCAAGAAAACGACGCUCAGUAAAGUGCAGCAAGAAUCUCCAUCAAUUUCCACCGCUUCCCACGGGGUGAAAGUCAGUCUGUUCAACAACAAGUCACCGGGAGCCCGAAAAUUCUGAGAAUGGGGUCAACUAUUCCAGAGCAAAGCCAUGGACCAGCUGGAACGGGAAGGACAAGGGUGUGCAUGUCAGGCCAAGAGAUCCCCCUUAUAUGGGCCUAAUGGGCUAAGAGCCCGCCCACUGUGACAGCUGUGAUUGGUUCUCAGCAGUUCUCUGGUUUAUAAUGGAUUUGUAUGCAGAACACGUCGGAUGUCGGCAUGGCUGUACACAUCCAUUGUGGCCUUCACACAUUCCUAAUAACCUUUUUCAUCGGCCUGUAAACACUCUCCUGGCUGCUCAAGCGGCUGGGAGUUUAUUUACAUUUUCACAGCCACAUGUUGGUUGGUGUGUGUGUAAAAGCGGGAAAAGCGCCAUCUAGUGGCCAAAUGCAAAAUCUGCAU